GAAAGCAUUUUAGGCACAGAGCCUAGACCAACAUAAGGGAGAAGCUGUGUGUGUCAGAGUACAGAGAUCGCUGUGUUCACACUGUAUGGGGUGUGUACUGGCACUCCUGAGUUAAAAGUCUAAAGUCUUCGACGUUUUUUUUUCCAAUACACUUUUUAGACUGAGCCAUGGAGCAGCUUUGAGCAGAAACUGGGACACCACUUUAUGCCAACAUGAAUGAUCUUGCAAGCUCAACACCAGUGGAACUUCCCAAACAUAUCCUGGAUGUUUGGGUAAUUGUACUCAUCAUACUGGCCACCAUCUUUAUCAUGACAUCUCUGUUACUGUUUCCGGCAGCAUCUGUCAUUAUCUAUAGAGUAAGAACUCAUCCAAUUCGAAGUACCAGCUAGUAGUAAAGGAACAGAACUGGACUAUUGCUGUUCUUGAAGAGCAUGGCAUGCUUGGGGAUGGACAU